AUGGCUGCAAGUGUAAAGCGAGAGAGAAGUACCAACUGGUCCUUGGCCGAAAUAACUGUUUUAACAGAUUUCGUCGAAAAGAACGAAGAAGUUCUUAAAGCCAAACAGAGCAAUUUGAUAACAAACGCUAAAAAGAACAGCAAAUGGGCAGAAGUGACAGAUCUGGUCAACGCAGUUGGGGUACAACGCAGGGGGGCUAAGAAGACAUUUACGGAAGCUCGUAAACAUGCCAGGAAAACAAGCGGUGGACCUCCACCAAAACCCUCUACUGACGCCCAGGAGAAGAUAAUUGAUUUAAUGAAGGACAAGCCAAAUUUCUGUGGGAUUGCUGGGGGCUUCGAGUCAUCAAUGUCAGGCACAACAGUUUGUGGAGAUACGAAGGUUUAUAACACAUCACAUAUCACUGAAGAGCACAAAAUGUUGAACAUCAUGAACCAAGCACUGAUUGACAAACAAAAAUCAGAACUAUAUGGAAUACAGGACUUAGAAGCAUCUGAAGAAGAGUUCAACGAAAUGGUUGACUCCGUGUCUUUUGAAAGAGAGAUUGUCAUAGAAAAGAUUUCCUAUAACUAUUACAAAGACUUCAAAACAAAGCUGAAGGAAAUAUUGGAAUUAGAAGAGGAUGAUAAGAGUAUCACAAAAAGGAAAAUGGAACCUGAAUUAGAGGAAUUUUUAAAGCAAAUGAUCAACAAAAUUACGAUAGAGAAAAUGAAAGAGCAGAAGGUGACUCUUUCCGUCCUUCAAAAAAUGAGCGAAAAAGACAUCACAGAGUUUUUACCCAAAGUAGGAGAUCGCGUCAAUUUAAGGAUAUUUUUGGAACAAAUGAAGAACAAAAAGAAAAAACCAAAAUCAUCCAUUCUUCAAACGCUGCGUCAAAAAAUGGGUGUACGAGGAAAAGAAUCUCUGAGUAGCAGUUCCAGUGAUGAAGGCCCAUCUACUUCAAAGGCAAAGAAACAGAAGACUCAUAUGGCUAGAGUUGGGAAUAAGAGUGCAAAUAAAAACAUGCGAAAAGUGGAAGUUGGCUGGAUUCAUGGGGGAAAGCAAGUGAGAACUCCCAGAGGUGGUGGGACAAGAAAGCUGGACCUCCCAAAAUUCUAUAAGAAAGACGAAAUUUUGGAAGAAGUCAAGCCUCUGUUCUUUCCCCAGGGAAAAUCAUCUGUGGGGAAAAAAGAAGAUUUUCAUUUUUCAGUAGUUGAUUUUUCUCAAGAAGAUAUUGCAGAUAAAUCUAUUAAUGAUUUAUAUAUAGCAUCUAAAAUGUCAACUCUUCGUCUCUAUCUUAUAACAUCAAAGAAACAUCAUGAUGGCGAAUCCACAAUAAAUGACAGAUAUUCAUCUGGCGAGGAUCUUCCAGAUCCAAUGCUUUCUCUUGUCCAUAUUGAAAAAGAAAGGGCACCCGGAACAGCUAGUUCCCCAGAUGAUGCAAGUCAUUUAAACAUUCCAGAUCACAUCUCUGAAGGGGAUUUUCCACCUGCUACAUUAAAGUCUGCACAGCCACCCGUAAACGUGCUUCCUGGAGAGAUUGUCACUUUUGAGAAUGUUCCUGCUGGGAGUAUAUUACCGGAUUUUCAAAACUAUAUUUACGACCCAGAGAUAGAAUUUGGGCCCUCGCAGUUAUUAAGAAACGACCUCGAUGAAACAUUACCAGCAAGUGCAGUUGUCAAAAAUCUUGUUAUAAAGAGGGGUAAUGCUUUCUCUGACGUCAUGAAGUUUUUUGUAAAGCAAGAGUUCAACUUAAGAACUGACACACUACAACUUUCAAUAUUGACAGAGAAGGGGGAGGAUUCCGGGGGUGUUUUUCGGGAUGCCAUGUCGGAAUUUUGGGAUACUUUUUAUUUAAAACACACUGAAGGAAGUGAUGUUAAAAUUCCUACUACAGUGCACAUCAUGAAGCAGGAGGAAUGGGAAGCCGUAGCCAAAGUUCUAGUGUUGUCCUUCAAGCAAGAAAAGUAUUUUCCAAUACAGCUUUCACAAAUCUUUCUGAAAAAAUGUAUUUUUGAUAUUACCCCAACAAAUGAGGAGCUACUUGAGUCAUUCAUGGCAUUUUUGCCUGAUAUGGACAGAGGACUUAUUAAAGAUGCUCUUGAUGAUUUUAAUGGUGUGGAGGAAAAUGAACUUCUCGAUGCUUUAUCGAAUUUUAAUCUGAGAGUCUAUCCUACUAAGGAAAAUUUUAGAAAGCUUUUGAUUGAGUUGGCUCAUCAUGAACUAAUUCAAAAACCGUCUUUUGUCACACUUUGUUGGUUUCCUAUAUUUAGUAGUCAUUUGAAGCCUCUGAUAGGUAGACUGGAAGAAAUAUAUGAGCAAAGCAAAGUUACCAACAAAAAAGUCCUGAAUUUGUUUGUUUUUCCAGAAGAUCUGACAAAAGCCGAGAAAGCAACGGCCGAUUCUCUUAAGCGGUACAUCAAGACGUGUUCAACUGAGAAACUGACCUUGCUUUUACGAUUCUGCACUGGAUCGGACAUUAUAAUUGGAAAGAAAAUUACUGUUCGAUUUACACCCCCUAUGCCUGAAUUUACACUUUGUCCAGUGGCCCACACAUGUGGCUGUGUGUUGGAGCUGUCCAGAAGUUACGACAACUUUCUGUUAUUGAGGGAGCACUUGGAAAACGUGCUAGACACAAAAGUACUGAGAAUGGAUAUUGUGUAAAUGUGCUAUACCUUAUCUGAGAAAUAAUGUA